UUAUAUUAGUGCAGAACACUGUACCUUUAAUUUAAAUGCCCUUGGAGUCUGCUGGGGAAGAGAAAUAAUACUGUCACUCAGUAUGACAUGCAGAUGAGUGCCGUCGAUCUUAGAAUCACCGCACACUUCACUCAUUUGGCCAGUCACGGGGCCAAAACCAGUGUUUGGAGCCACAGUGUGGCGGUGGAGGCAGCAGCAAUGGGAGGCCAUACAGCAACCUAUGACAAAAUGGAAACCAGCAGGAGUGUGAGGAGACCUGAAAGUGGCACAUGGACAGAGUGUGGCGAUGGAGACAGCAGCAAUGGGAGGCCGUACAGGGACCCA